UUUUAAUUUUUUUAAAUCAUUUAAAUAUAUUUAAAUAAUUUAUAAUUUGUAAUAUAUGAAGAAGGAAUCUGAAAAGAAAAAAUCAGUUAAGGCUGUGAAGAAUGAGAAGAAGCGUGAGAGGCAGAGGAUUCGAGGCCUUGAUCCAAAGGUUGGAAGAAAGGGUAAAAAGAUGUCAAAGUUACUAGAAUUAAAAGCACAAAAGAAGAAAGAAAAGAGAAUAGAGAGAAGGAAACGCAGAGAAGAUGAGAAAAGAGGAAUUCCAGUAGUUAGAAAAACACCUCAUACAAUUGAAUCUCUAAGAAGAUUUGACGAGACUAUUGUUGACCCUGAAGACGUCGAAGUUAAAUUUGAAGAGCAAAUCGAUGAAUUCUCCGACCACUUCUCCAGGAAAGUUACUCCAAAACUACUAAUCACAUCCACACGGAGGCCAUCUGAGAAGAUGAGGACAUAUAUGAAGGAAUUAUUAUUAGUCUUAUCCAACUCUUAUUACUUUGCCAGGGAAGAGUAUAAAUUGAAGGAAGUGGUGAAACAUGCUACGGAAAAUGGAUUUACAAGUAUAUUAUUAGUAACUGAGGGCGCUGACAAAUUACCUAACGGUCUUUACAUAUGUUCACUACCAAGAGGACCGACGACAUUUUUUAAGCUUACAAGUCUCAAACUGGCCUCUGAGAUGAAAGGUGCUGGAGUAUUAGUAGCAACAAAGCCUGAAAUUGUACUUAACUCGUUCAAUACAAGACUAGGAAGAAGAAUAGGUAGACAAAUCGCAUCACUCUUCCCUCUGGAUCCGGAAUUUGAAGGUAGAAGAGUUAUUACAUUCCAUAAUCAAAGAGAUAUGAUCUUCUUCCGUCAUCACAGAUAUGUAUUUCGUAAUGAGAAAAAAUGUUCAUUGAAAGAGAUUGGGCCUAGAUUUACACUAAAAACACAUUUUGUACAGGAUGGACUAUUUGAUCUUGACGGUGGUUUAUACGAGUUCAUCUGGAGACCUGAUUUACAAGUCGAUAGAAAACGAUUCUUCAUAUAAUCUCACAACCAAUAUACUAUUAACUAUAUA